GGAGAACAACGCUCGCGCGAGUCUCGCGGACCGGCUCCAACGCUUUCGCUCGCCGAAAAAUCCCGUCAAUUCGUAAUGACGGAACCUUCCGAGUUCGAGGGUCCGGACGAGCCGGGAAAAAAAUUCACGGAAUCCGCAAAGCGCGAGUUGAUUAACAUCCUCGGAAAAAUCGACCAACUCGGCGUUGCCUCGCGCGCUUCGCGACUUUGGCGCUUCAAUUCUUUGCUCGGAUACCAAAAAUCGCGAUCGAAGAAAACUUUUGUCUCGCUCUUUCUCGUGCUCGCUACAGUUUCGUCCUUUUUUGCCAAUCGUUAUUUCAACUCGAACGUCCAUCGGAAGUGCUUAAUAGAAGCGCCAGCGGUAUUUCAAAAAGUUUUCCGCCCUCCGGAGGACUGCUCGAUCUGUCGGGACGUCCAACAGGUUGAAAAGAUAGCGAACGUUGAUCCAGUUUUGUUCGAAGAAAGAUACGCGUAUUCAGGGCGCCCGGUCGUCGUGACCGAUGCCACGGUCAACUGGACCGCGAUCGAUACAUUUUCGUAUUCGUUUUUCAAAAAUUUGUACGCCGGCCAAGACGCGAAUUGUCAGUUUUUUCCGUACAAAACUGGAUUCGAAAGUCUCCAGGAUGUUUUCAACAUGAGCGCGGAAAGGGCGCUCCUCCUGCCGGGAACGAAGCCUUGGUACGUCGGCUGGAGCAACUGUGAUGAAAAAAUCGGCACGACAUUGCGCGAGCAUUAUCAGAGACCGUACUUUUUUCCGGAAACAGCAGAAACGGAAAAGACCGAUUGGAUUUUUAUGGGCAGUAGCGGCUAUGGCGCUCCGAUGCAUGUCGAUGACGUGGCGUAUCCAUCGUGGCAGGCACAAAUACGAGGAACAAAGCUGUGGAUUUUGGAACCACCUCGAGAAUGCCAUUAUACUUGCAAACGAGUUGAAGUCGUCGUACAAACAGGAGAAAUAAUUAUUUUGGACACGAAUCGCUGGUACCAUCAAACAGUUAUAACGUCCGAUGAAAUGAGCAUAACGAUCGGAGCGGAAUAUGAUUAACGAGUUUCAUCUUUAAAGUUCGUUGAAAAAUAGGCGACCUACAAAUCUGUGCGAAAACUUGUCAUUUCGUCGUUUGAAAUAAAAAUGUGUGAAAAUGUAUAAAAGUUUAA